AUGACUUUAAGAAAUUUCAAUGUAGCACUCGCCCAAGUGAAAGAUUUAGCCCAAGCCGAGCUUCUCUUCGCCCAAAUGCCAUGUAGGGACCUCAUCUCAUGGAACACGAUGCUAAAUUGUUACUCCAGAUCAAACCAGGCGCGUCCUUUCUUUGAUACGAUGCCGGCGCACGACGCUAUUUCCUGGGCUGUUAUGCUCUCCGCAUAUACCCGGGACGGGCAUAUUUCCAUAGCGCAGUCACUCUUUGAGGAGAUUCCGGAGCGGAAUCUUGCGGCGUGGAAUAUCAUGCUAGUUGCGUACACUCACCAUUCUUUGAGGGAAGAGGCGUUGCAAAUAUGCCAGAGGAUUCCGGAACAGAAUGUGGUUUCAUCGACGACUACAAUUGUCGCUUUUGCCCAGACGGGGCAUUUGGAAAACGCCGUGGAUGUUUUUAUGGCUAUGGAGGAGCGUGAUAUGGUGUCGUGGGUGGCCAUGCUGUGGGCUUACGUAAAAUGUGGUAGAAUAUCCGAGGCCGAGUUGUGUUUCCUGGAGAUGUCAGUGUGGGGAAUCGAGGCAUCAAAUGUCAUGAUUCAAGCAUAUGCCGAAAGCAGGGAAGUCGGAAAAGCGAGGGUUUUGUUUGAUCAGAUGGCGAGAUGGGACGCCGUCACCUUUACCGCAAUGCUUGUGGGCUAUGGAAAAUGCGGUAAAAUCGAAGAUUCUACGUGUUUGUUUGAAAAGAUUCCGGAGCACGACGUCGUGUCCAUGACAUCAAUGCUUUUCGCAUAUGCCCAAAAUGGGCAUUUGCGGGAAUCAAAGAACAUCUUUGCAAAGUUUCCUUUUUGGAGUGUGGUCUCAUGCAAUGCGAUGCUCGCAUCUUUUUCGUAUCACGCAUGUAUGAAUGAAGUACAAGUUUUGUUUGAUAAGAUGGAUAUCAAAGAUCAAGUAAGCUGGAACACUUUUCUCGCAGCAUAUGCCAAAGAAGGGCAAAUUGCGAAGUGUGGGAAGAUCUUCGAAGCCAUGGACGAGAAAGAUAUCGUUUCAUGGAGCUCGAUCCUUGCCGCGUACGCUCAAUCGCGCUGCCUGCUCCACGGCGAAACGCUUCGCGUCUUAAACACGAUGAAUCUCACGCACUCUCCCGACGAAUCCUGCUUUGUGUCGGUGCUCCUCGCUUGCAGCCACGCCGGGAAGCUCGAGGCCGCGAGGAGGAGCUUCGUGUCGAUGCGAAUGGAUUUCGGCCUAAAUCCCACCAAGCAGCACUACUGUUGCGUGCUAGAUCUCUGUGGGCGCCUGGGGCGAUUGGACGAGGCAUGGGAGCUCAUCGCGACGAUGCCAUUCGUGCCGGACGCGCUGGAUUGGAAGUGCUUGCUCGCCUCCUCGUAUAGGAGCUUGGAGCAUCGAUCCAAGCGUGAUCACGCGAAGCUCCUCGUGGAAACAUCCUCUCCUUUCUUUGUGCUCCUAGCAAACGCUUGCCCAGCUCGAUCGCCCACGAAAUCUAGUCGCCCUUGA